AUGAAUCAGGGAGGCAACAAGACGGGCGUCUACGCCGCAGCAGCUGCGCUGCGUCUGCUGCUCUUCGUUGCGUUCCCCGGUCUGCCUGACCUGCUUACCGGCCGCGUCGAGAUCUCGACUCCCGUCACGAGCUUCAAGAGACUUCAAGAAGGCCUCUUCCUCUACAACCACAACGUCUCCCCGUACGACGGCGGCGUCUACCACCAAGCGCCCCUCUUCCUCCCCCUCUUCUCCCUCCUCCCGGACCCGAAGUCCUUCCCGAUCUUCACCUACAUCCUCUACGUCCUCUUCGACAUUCUCAGCGCCGAUGCUCUCUCCAAGAUCGCAGACUCAGGCGAGGCCGGGACCUCGCGUCUCUUCACCUCUCCGCGCCGCAGCAAGCGUUGGAGCGGCCUCGUCGUCGCAUCACUCUACCUCUUCAACCCCUUCACGAUAGCAACCUGCAUCGGCCGUUCCACCUCCAUCUUCUCAACCUGCGCAAUCCUCCACGCCAUCGCGAAAGCCAUCUCCGGCGCCCCCCUCGGCGCAAUGGUCGCCCUCUCCUUCGCGACCUACCUCUCAAUGUACCCCCUCCUCCUCCUCCCGCCGCUGCUCCUCCUCGCCUACGACCGCCAGGACCCCGCCCGCCGGAUCGCCUCGACCUCGCACUUCGCCCUCGCAAACACGGGCGUCGUCGCCGCCGUCCUCGGCGCCCUCUUCCUCAUGUCCUUCCUCCUCACCGGCGCCUCCUGGGAGUUCCUCUCCAGCACCUACGGCGCCCAGCUCACCCUCAACGACCUGACCCCCAACGUCGGCCUGUGGUGGUACUUCUUCAUCGAGAUGUUCGACUCCUUCCGCUCCUUCUUCCUCGCCGUCUUCUGGCUCCACCUCUCGAGCUACGUCCUGCCCCUGACCAUCCGCAUCCGCUCCCAGCCCCUCGUCGUCCUCACCCUGCUCCUCGGCAUCUUCGCCAUCUUCAAGCCCUACCCCUCCAUCGCCGACACGAGCCUCUUCCUCGCGAUGCUGCCGCUCUUCCGCCACAUCUUCCCCCUGAUGCGGUACACCUUCGUCGGCGCCGCGACAAUCAUGUACGCCUCCUUCCUCGGCCCGGCGUUCUACCACCUGUGGAUCUACGCCGGCAGCGGCAACGCGAAUUUCUUCUACGCCAUCACGCUUGUUUGGAGUCUGGGCCAGAGUCUGCUCGUCAGCGACCUGACGUUUGCGGUGCUGCGCGACGAGUGGGAGGUGGAGCGGCCCGACAUGGUGGGCAAGGAGAUUCGGCAGAUCUAG